AUGCAGACCUUCUCAUCCCAAAAUCUUUCCGCUUCCAUCUUACUAAGACCAGUUGGAGACAUCUGUACGUACAUUUUCUUAUUUGUCACUUUUACCACCCCGGGUCUUAAAAGUGCAUUCCCUAAGUCGGCUGUCCAAUCUGUCAUGUCAAGUCGUUUGUAUGAGUUCAACUUUUUUUCCUCAAAAUUGCAUUGUCCAUUUGCUUGUCGCUUGCCUGCUGGUACGGUUCUUUCUUCACUGUCACAUUACUCUUCUCCACCGACUCCUUUGUGCUUUACCUGUUAUCACGCAACAGACUUUCGUCUGCACUCAACUCUUGGCGACCUGGUUUGGUACUGCUAG